GUUUGCAUCUUUUUGCAUCUUUGCGCCAUUUGUUUCAUGAAUUUGCACAGAAUCGACACCCACGAUGACGAUGCUGGCAGCGCUGCAACGUGGUGCAAACAACAACAGGAUGAGGAGCAUGCUAGCGCUGGUGCGGAGGGGGGCAGCAGCAGUGGUGUUUGGUGGCGGGAGGGCUGUGGCUGCUGGCCGCCUUGAGCUGGCCGCGUUGGCGCCAGCACGGUCCGUCUCCACAGCGACGACCGCGCGGUGGCUUCGAACCGCUCCUGCGACACCACACCGCACGUCGCCCGUGCACUCCUGCUCAUCAUCAUCGCUGAUGGCACCCACAAGGGCGAGACUACACACAACACGGAAGGCCUUGGCCAAGGAAGACAAGGUCCGCGUCGUGUUCAAGGACACUGAGGGUGGCAGCCAGGUUUGUGAAGCCCGCGUUGGACAGAACCUCCUUGACGUGGCCAUCGACAACGACAUCGACCUCGAAGGGGCUUGUGGAGGAACACUCGCGUGCUCAACAUGCCACUUGAUCAUCGACGAAGAGUGGUUCAAGAAGCUAGAGGAACCCGUGGACGAGGAAUUGGAUAUGCUUGACCUUGCCAUCGGCCUCACAGACACGUCUCGGCUCGGGUGCCAAAUCAUCCUGUCGCCCGAGUUGGACGGCAUCGAGGUGACGCUGCCGGACGAACAGAACGAUCUUCGUCAGUUCUAGCAGCGUGUCGUCAUGGCCACAGUCCCAUGGUGUCUAGAGCCUCCUCAAGGUUACAUAGGUUACGUCUACCCCGUUGUAGUUCCGUGCGUGCAUGCCCCUGUGCUCCUUUUGUUAAACAACUUCAAGGCA